AUGGACGGAGAAGAUGAGCAACUCUCUAGCAAGAUUUCUGAACAACCUCAACCGAAACAUGAUUUCUGGGAUAAUAUUUAUACAUCCGAGAUGUCAAGCUGUCUAUCUUAUCUCAUAUUUUCGUGUUUCGCUGCUAUAACGUAUUAUGCUGUAAUGGGAUCUCUUAUACUCGAACAAUCGACAUCAUCCGAUCAAUUAGUAUCCGUCUUGCAGCCUCGGAACUAUGCGGUCACUGUGUAUUCGUUAGGUCUUAUCAUUGUCAUUGGAGUUGUGACAGGAUAUCUAGUUCAAAUCGUGCGGCUUCCUAGUCUUUUAGGAAUGCUUCUAACUGGUAUUCUUCUCAGGAAUUUUGCUGGAUCCAUCAUCACAACCAACGUGAUCAAAGAAUGGAGUGUAGUGUUGCGGCGUACAGCAUUCAUAGUGAUCCUUCUUCGUGGUGGACUUUCUCUGGAUGCAAAUGCUAUCCGACGACUUAAGGGCGCUUGUCUCCGCCUGUCUGUUAUUCCAUGCACAGUGGAGAUUAUCAGUGUUACGUUAGCUUCAAAAAUCAUCUUUGGAAUGGAUGUAUUCUUUGGAAUUGCCUUAGGUGCUGUUUUGGCUGCUGUUUCACCCGCUGUUGUUAUUCCAGCUCUUCUUGACGCCAGUAAAGGAGGUUAUGGUGUACGAGCUGGUGUACCAUCUUUGGUUAUUGCUGCUGCUAGCUUAGAUGAUGUUUAUGCAAUAACAAUUUUCAGUCUGAUUUUAUCGCUUACUUUUCCCUCCUCAGGAGCCUCUCCCUUAUUGACGAUUUUGGGCGCUCCGGCUGAGGUUUUCUGUGGAGUUUUCUUCGGUUCCGUUAUGGGCUUUCUGCUUCACUUUAUUCCCCGGAAAGACGUGCAAAAUCUGCAUCUUGUUCGUCUUGCGCUUCUAUUCACUUUCUCGUUGGCAUUUCUUCUCGGAACCACUAAACUUCGAGUCGAUGGAGCAGGUGCGAUUGGAGUGUUGGUUGCUGCAUUCGUCGCUGGUCAUGCUUGGAAAAAAGAGGGAGAGCUUCCGGAAGAAGACUAUCUCGCUAUUAUGUGGCAUCAUUUCUUCCAACCUCUUCUUUUCGGUCUUAUUGGCUUGGAAUUAAGUUUUGAAAUGAUCAGUCUUCGAACAAUGCUUCUCGGAGUUGUCGUUCUAACUAUCGGUCUAAUCUUUCGAUUCAUUGCAUCCUUUUUUGCUGUUUUCGGUUCUGGAUUAGCAAUGCGAGAACGACUUUUCGUGGCUGUUGCUUGGUUGCCAAAGGCGACUGUGCAGGCUGCUCUAGCUCCGAUCGUUCUUGAAACAGCUCAGUCCAGAUCGUCUUCAUCUCCCUACUAUAUUCAAAAUGGAAUUUUUAUCCUUACUAUGGCUAUCCUUAGCAUUCUUAUCACUGCUCCUCUUGGAGCGCUAGCUAUUCGACUUGCUACACCGGUUCUUCUGAAAAAUGAUAAGAAAUCUGCUGAACGUCUUCAAACUAACGAUGUUCUACUUAUGUAUAAAUUAGUAUGCGCCGUACAAAACUACAGUUGGGGAAAACCUGGUAGUUGUAGUACAGUUGCUGCCCUGGUUAAACAGGGACAUCAUCGAGAUUACGUGGAUGAUGAGAAGCCUUAUGCUGAGUUCUGGAUGGGUGUUCACCCUAAUGGACCAGCGAAAAUCGCUGAAACAUCUGAGGAUCUGUCAAAUCGCAUAAAAAAUCAUCCAGAAAUUGUAGCUGAUCAUGAAGAAGGAACUCUUCAAUUCUUGUUUAAAGUGUUGUCCGUGGAUAAGGCACUGUCCGUGCAGAGUCAUCCUACUAAGGAAGAAGCGAUUGCAUUGCAUGCAAAGGAUCCUCUACAUUAUCCGGAUCCAAAUCACAAACCAGAAAUGGCGAUUGCAUUAACUGACUUUGAACUGCUCUGUGGAUUCCGACCAGCAAAGGAGAUCUACGAAAAUCUAAAGGGUGCACCGGAGGUUCUGCAUUUAGUUGGUGAUGCUGUUCAAUUGAAAGACUUGUUAGGAAAUGAAUCAACUGCUAAAAUUGCUCUGAAGAAGAUUUUCACAAAAAUAUGGAGCUCAGCCUCUGAAGAUAUAGCUGAAGCUGUACAGAAAUUCGUAUCACGCAUAAAACAAGAACCUCAAAACAAAACUACUGAUCUUGUUAUAAGGCUCGAUGGGGAAUUUCCUGGUGGCGAUGUUGGUGUGUUUGCCCCAAUUCUCUUGAAUCACUUCACUCUAAAACCAGGACAAGCCACAUUCCUGGGACCCAAUCAACCACAUGCUUACUUAUUAGGAGAUUGUGUCGAGUGUAUGGCAUGUUCGGACAAUACAAUCCGUGCUGGUUUGACUCCAAAAUUCAAAGAUAUCAAAACAUUGUGUGCCAAUCUGACUUAUGCUAUGAGCGGACCACCGAUCUUUCCAAGUAAAGUGGUCGGUCCUGGUAUUGAACUUUACGCACCUCCUGUGCCCGAGUUUGCGGUGCAAGCUGUCAAGGCCAAUGCAACACAUUUCACUAAUGAGAAAGCUAGUUCUAUUGUAGUGGUAGUAACUGGUACUGCCCACUUCAAAGCUGGAUCUAUUAAAAUGGAUGUACAACGUGGAGAUGUGGUUUUCUUCUGUGCAACUACACAUGACGUGGAGAUUAUGAAUGCUUCUAAGGACUUCGUAUGCUACCGAGCGUUUACGCCUCGGCGAUAA